AGGCAUAGCUGACUCAGACAGUGAUGCAGAUAGGGUAGAAAUUGAUGAAGAAGAAAUUGAGGAAGAGAAUUUCGAUACAUUACAAAAUUUUGAAUCCAAACUUACUGAAGUCUUUUUAUCCACUAAUAUGUCUCACGUUCAGGGAAAUGCAGUUUUAAAAGUUCUCAGGUCUCAUGGUUGCUUUUCUAAUUUAAAAAUUGAUGUUAGGUCACUUCUUAAAACUCCUCGAAGACGUUGUGAACUUCAACAAGUAUCUGGAGGCGAAUAUCUUCAUUUAGGAUUUGUAACAGGUCUUCUUUCCAUUCUUCGUCAAACCCCUGCAAUGCAAAUCCCAGAACAUCUUCUAAUUGAUUUUCAUAUUGAUGGGGCGACUUUGGAUAGUUUUGGCAAAAUUCAAAUAUGGCCAAUUCAGAUAAGAAUAGUAAAUAUUCCUAAAUCUAAGCCAGAAAUCGUGGGUAUUUGGAGAGGUUCUAGUAAACCUAUCAAUCCUUCAGAUUUUUUUGAACAUUUUGUGUCUGAAGUUCUUCAAACUGUAGACAGUAAUGGAAUUGAAUUUAAUGGUGUGAGAAAAACGAUUGAGCUUAGAUGUUUUAUCGCGGAUGCACCUGCUCGUGCAUUAAUAUUGAAUCACGUAGCACAUAACGCUCGAGUACCAUGUUCAAAAUGUUGGAUAGUCGGUGAGUGUCUUCGUCCGGGCGUUAUGACUUUACGUGGAGUAAAUCAUAAACCUAGAACUGUUGAAGAGUAUAUUCAAUGUCUCGAUGGAGAACAUCACAAAGAAGGUAAUAGUUGUCUUUCUCGUCUUCCAAUGCAAAUUCCAACUCAGGUGCCCUAUGAAUAUAUGCAUCCAGUAUUAUUAGGUGUUAUGGAAAAAAUUGAGUCGGGCCUCAUUGACG